AUGAAGAAAAAAGUGGACGGACGAAUCAAGGCCCUAGUAGAGAACAAUGUAGCACUAGGGCAGCGGAGUAUGUUCCUGGUGAUAGGAGACCAGGGAAAAAACGUUGUGGUGAAUUUUUAUUUCCUGUUGAAUCGGUUAGCUAGCAGGACACACAACAUACUUUGGUGUUAUAAGAAAAAGCUGGAUUUCUCCACAAGCAAAAAAAAACGAUUUAAAGAAAUGAAGAAAAAAAUAAAAAAAGGUACCUUUGACACAACCAUCGAUAACAAUUUUGAUACGUUUCUAAAAAGUGCAUAUAUUCGAUUCUGCUUCUACAACGAGACGAAAAAGGUAUUAGGGAAGACCUACUCCAUGUGUGUUCUUCAGGACUUCUCCUACAUAACACCAAAUAUUUUAUGUAGGUGCAUAGAGACAGUAAUCGGAGGAGGAAUCAUCCUCUUCCUCUUAAAUAAACUAGACGAUGUGAAGAACAUCUACAACUUAACCCUAAACUGUCAUAAGAAAUACACACAGAGUGGUAUUUCCACCAUUCACAAUAAUUACAUAACGAGAUUUUUUCUUUCCCUGAAUCAGUGUCGCAAUGCUAUGUUUAUUGAUGACGAAAUGAAUAUCUUACCCUUGAAUGAGAAUCACUUGGAAGUGAAGAAGGUGGUGGUAGGAGAGUCACAACAAGGAGAUGUUAGUGUGAGUACCUUUCGUGUGGCCACGUUGGGGGGGCACUUGUGCCCUGAUAAAGAGGAACUACGGGAGAGGUUGGCUGAGUUGGAAGCCAUUUGCGAGGAAAACGAGAAGAGGGCGGAGGAGCGCCGCCGCUUCUUGUACUCCGCGCGGGUUUGCGCGGCGGGGGAAGAAGACAGCAAGGAAGUCGGCAGGGAGGCCGGCAGGGAGGCGGCCAAACAAACCGGCAGGGAGGCGGCCAAACAAACCGGCAGGGAGGCGGCCAAACAAAUCGGCAGGGAGGCGGCCAAACAAAUCGGCAGGGAGGCGGCCAAACAAACCGGCAGGGAGGACGGCAGAGAACCCGCCAAACAAAUUGCAAACUCCGGGACGGAGGCAGACGCCAACCCGUACUCCUUCCUGGACAGACCCAUCAUGAACCUCCUGCGGAUCUGCCUGAGCAUCGACCAGCUGGAGGUCCUGCUCAACAUGUGCAAGUUGCUACGCAAUGACGAUGAGAAGAAAAGACAGCUAAAGGAAGUGCUCAUCAGUCUGCUAGCCAACCGAGGAAGGGGGAAGUCCGCCACGCUGGGGUUACUAAUCGCCCUAAGUAUCUACUUCAACUACACCAACCUGAUUCUUUGCUCCGGAAACAAAGACGGAAUGCAAACCAUAUAUGAUUUUAUUGACCAAGGACUCCACCUUCUCGGAUACAAAGAGUUCACACAUUACGAGAGAGUCUACAACCAAAGCAAGCUAAAAGAGAUAAUAUUUUUUAAGGAUAUACAUAACCUAAGUAAUAUAAAGCAAAGAAUUCGAUACUUCGACAUCCUGGAGGAUGAAAUGAUCAACUCAGAACUGAUGAUCAUAGAUGAAGCUGCUUGUAUUCCUAUUGAUAUUUUAAAAGGGAAAAUCAAAGGGGAGAUUACUAUCCUGUCGACUACUCUUAACGGUUACGAAGGGACAGGAAAGACCUUCAUAUUUAAGUUGCUCAAACAGUUAAAGAAAAAAUUUGUUACCCAGUUGACGUAUCAGGAGUUUAAGCAAAUGAAGAGACUCUACUUCGAGAGAGCAUUCAUCGAUGUAUCUUUGGACACACCUAUAAGGUACAGUUACAACGACCAGGUAGAGGCAUGGCUAAAUAACUUCCUCUGUCUUAAUUGCAACGAACCAUUCAAACUCAGAAACUCACUCUGCUCUCCUACCAACUGUCAGCUCUACUUUGUAAAUAAAAACAUAUUCAAGCAUUUCAGCAAAACGAGUGAAAAUUUGCUCAGAAAAAUCAUGACACUUUUUGUUACUUCGCAUUAUAAGAAUACACCAAAUGACUUAAUCAUGAUUCUGGAUUCUCAACAGCACCACUUGUUUGUCUUGCUUAGUGGAAACGUAGACUGUAACAACCUCUCCCCGGAGGCAGUGGAUGAACUGGAUAUAUACGGAGUGCUGCAUUGCGCCAUCGAUGGUAUUGUAAACCCACGCGCGGGGAGACGCCUGGUCAAGCUGCAGGAUAUCGUGAAAGGAGUGCAGAAGCAAAGUGAGAGGAAUGGCGAGAGGAGUGGCGAGAGGGAUGGCCAAAGAAAUGGCGAAAGGAAUGGCCAAAGAAAUGGCGAAAGAAAUUCUGACCAGGGCCUAAAUGAGGACUCCAAACAGAGGGACCUCUCAGAUGGCUGCACCACAAGCGGACAAACGGGAGCCCCCGCCGCGGCGAAGCACCCGCUGCCCAACGAAUUCGAAGGCAACCUGAUGCCCUACCUAGUCAGCGAGCACUUCGAUUACUACUUCUACAGCUACAUAGGAAUAAGGGUGGUGCGCAUCUCUGUCCACCCGUCCAUACAAAACUUGAAUUACGGCUCGCAGUUCUUAAGGAAGCUCCUCGACUACUACAGCCUGUACAAUGGGCCGGCUCGGGAGGCUGCCGCGCCCUACAGGGAGAACGUCAUUCUGUACCGCUGCAGUGGAGGAAGUGGUGAACGGGGCGGGGACGUGGACGGGGACGGGGACGGGGCAGAUGCGCGCAUCUUCUUCGACAAGCAGCUCAGCCACGUCGACUACGUGGGCACUUGCUUCGGACUGACCAAGGGGCUGCUCAUCUUUUGGCAAAAAAACAGCUUCAUCCCCGUUUACCUCAAGCAGCAGAGGAACGAAAUAACAGGAGAGUUCAGUCUACUCAUGUUAAGACAUCUAAAUCAAAAUCUCAAAAAAAUAUUUACGAACUUCUACCUUGACUUCGUUCGUAGCUUCUGCAGCUUGCUCCCCUACUCCUUCAAACGGCUAGAGUCGUUCGUUGUGUUCAAUCUGUUGCAUAAUAACCCAAUCAUAUUGGCUAGUCCCACGCGCGACGAGCUCCUCCUCCCCAGGGGGAAGCCAAAGGGGGGGGAAGCAGGGGAAGAAGGGGAAGAAGCAGGAGAAGCGGAAGAAGUAGGAGACGACGGAGAAGAAGUAAGCGUAGAGAACGGAUUGCUCUCCUUACGGGAGGGCCCCUUCCAGGAUGACGACGCGGACCACUACGCCUGCUUUUAUGACGACCAACUACUCAGCCAUGAAAACCUUUUUUAUUUCUUUCACCCCAACGAUAUAUGCCGACUGAAGCGGUUCGUCAUGGAGUCUAAGCCCUUCUCGGACAUCCUGUACCUCAUGCAGACCGUUGCUAACUUAAUUCUCUUCCGGAAGGUCCCCAUCCAGCUCACCUUCCUGGAGUAUACCAUCCUCUACGCUGUGUCCCUCCAAAAGAAAAACUGCCAAGAAAUAUCAGACGAGAUAAGCAUCAACGUGAACCAGACCGUCGCCCUCCUGCGCAAGGUUCUGCAUCGCUUCUACACCUACCUCACGGAUCUCAUGCAAAAGGACAUAGAAAAAAAAGUGGAGGCGCAGUUCAGUCAGAAACUCCACAAGCAGAAGAAGCGUGCGCGCCAGGUGGAGCUCCCCUCGGGGGAAUACAUCGAUGAGCUGAAUAGGAACACCCGUAUGGUGACGAAGAAAAACAAGAAGGAGAAGCGAGCCCUCCUGCGCGAGUUUAACCUAUCAGGAACCGUGAAAAGGAAGCAAAUCAACAUCAAGACAAACGACGACGCUGAUCCCCCCAAGGACGAAGUCACCACCUGA